AUGGACUUUUCCUGCCGGUGCUCUGACCUCGUCAUCUCACAUCCCCAGAUCGCCGGUGCAACUGUCAAUUACCUCCACACAAACCUAGUCCACAAUGCAUCUGACUAUGUUUCUGAGAUUGAAUAUAUCAACCAUGGCCCUAUAAACGUCACAGAUGUAUCAUAUUGCCAUGUUUCGCUGGGCUAUACGCACACCCACCACCCAGAGCUUGUGAAUGUCGAGGUGUGGCUGCCGACGAAUACAUGGCAUGGACGCCUGAUGGGACUAGGCGGAGGGGGGUUCGAUUGUGGGCGUUACCCUGAAAACAUGAUAGCCAUGCUUGGCGCAGUGGGAGAGGGCUAUGCUGCCGUGUCGACAGACUGCGGCCACACCAUGGAGCAGGAUCUCUCUGAGUGGCUGCUCGAGAAUCCCGGGCGAGUCGAUUUGCAUCUUCUUGGGGGUUUUGCGUCUGUCGCGCUGAAUGACGCGGCGCUUAUUGGCAAGAGUGUUGCUAAGAGCUUUUAUGGAGUCGAGCCUGGCUAUUCGUACCUUAGCGGGUGUUCUCAAGGCGGAUGGCAGGGGAUGAUGCUUGCGCAAAGAUAUCCGACUGCGUAUGAUGGGAUCGCUGCUUCAUCUCCGGCGGUAUACUGGCCAAAAUUGUUUUUUACGGAGCGGCCGCAAGCGGGUUGCCAUAGACAUGGUAGCAUGGGUCGAAAGAGGCAGUGUCCCAAAAUACCUGCUGGCGUCCUUCACUGA